AUGGCUUUCGCGGCCGACCCUCCGCAUACCCACGGGACGCUUACCAAGUUUUUUGGAGUCUCGGCGGACUUCUGUUACAAAAUACCUGACUCUUUGCAUACCAGAGAAGGAAUUCUUCUGGAACCUUUGGCUGUAGCGGUGCAUGCAAUUCGGCUUGCGGAUGUGAGACCGGGACACCGAUUGGUGGUGUUUGGGGCUGGCACUGUAGGUUUAUUCUGUGCUGUGGUAGCCAGGGAGUUUGGUGCUUCGACUGUGAUUUCCGUGGAUCUUCUACCGGGAAAACUCGAUGUCGCACGGAAAUUGGUAGGUGCAGAGGUCAGCAGAAGCUGGGUUCCAAACAGUUCAUAUACGGCCGAGGAGAAUGCACAGGAUCUCAUGGAGACAUACGAGCUCGAAGAUGGUGCGGACAUUGUAAUCGACGCCACUGGUGCUGAAUCAUCUGUCCAGACAGCUAUGUGCAUAUUACAGCCAGGAGGCACGUACGUGCAAGUCGGAAUGGGCAAGCGGAAUAUACAGUUUCCCAUCGCCGAAAUAUGCGAGCGGGAGCUCAGUGUCAAAGGGAGUUAUAGAUACGGGACGGGUGACUUUGAACUAGCCAUGAGCCUUGUGCAGAGAGAGAGAAUCAAGUUUGAUGGUCUUAUCACUGGGGAGUUCUCCUUCGAGCAGGCAUCUGAGGCUUGGGAAAGCACCCGAAGGGGCGAUGGGGUCAAGAAUGUUAUCAAAGGGCCUGGGGAUUAA